UUAUUGAUAUUUGAUACAGUUGUCAGUCGUCGUAACUAGCAAAGGAUCAUGGUCGAUGUAGUCUUUUUUCAUCCUGCCUGAAAGUCAACUGGGAGAGUCCUCAUAGCCUGCUGGCCCGUGAUUGGUGUAAGCGUGUGAUCCAGUGUGGCGACAAAUGUAGUAGUCAGAAUGGAUCACAAUUUAAUUAAAUAUCUCGAUUUGUAGCAAACUUUAAAAUAAUUCACUGUGGAGAUCGAACACGAUCCAAAUAAACACAUUUUAGAGCCCAAAACGGUAGUCUAAAAAUGUAUUGUUUGGCCAUUCAGGCGAUCAUUAUUUACACAGGCUUUCUAGGGCAGACCACGGCUUUAGGUAACGUAAACUCAUACAUCGCCUUGGUCCGUACAAUUGCCCUUAUUUUAGAGCCCCAAAAACGUAAUACUUCCAGAUCAACUGUAAUGUCAAUACCAUUGUAAAGCACAAUUUCUCCCCUUUCCAACAUAAUCAAUGGCAUGACCUAAACGCUGCUCGUUUCUGCAUAAUUCAAGCAGGCAAUGAGCCAUGUCGGGUCUUUUUAAAAAUGGCGGGUGGGGAAGCGAAACUAAUGCGUGGUAGUAAGAAGGACAGAUGUCGUGUGGGAAAAUGGCUUUUUUCACUUGAUCUGUCCAACUUAUCACCUUAUUGCCUCUAAAAUGUAAAUAAAACACUAUAAAGAGUUUAUAUAAUGUGUCAUUACAUACCUAUUUGAAGGUUUGUGUCGAAUUUGAAUCGGGUUUUUAGGGCGGUGCUAAAGUGAUCUUAGAAGUAAACAGCGGCUUUGAGAAUGAUGAUCGCAUGCAAUGAUGAUGAAAAAAAUGACUAGGUAUCCCCCCAUACCCCGUCACUGUACAUUUCUUGUUUUUAAACGAUGAGAGAAGUGCUACACCUGGUGGAGAGAGAUUGUAAGACAGAAAUAGUUGCUUUAUGCGUGCUGUACGUUACGACAUGACACGUCACGAUGUAACGGAGGGUCAGUUUUUUCAACUUUUCUCCAAUACUAUAGAGCCCUUGUAAGGGCUGUUGUCCUCCUCCUCCUCAGAUGAGGAGAGGAGAGAAGGAUCAGUGGACCAAUACGCAGCAUUAGGGAAAUAUGCCAUCUCUUUAUUUGACACGACGGCACACGAAAACAAAACACUUACAAAAUUACAAAACAAGAAAACGACGUAGACGAAAACCUGAACAUGAACUUACAUAACUAACACGUAAAACUCACGGACAGGAACAGACUACAUCAAAACGAACGAACGAACAGCCAAACAGUCCCGUAUGGUACAUACAUCGACGACACAGGAGACAAUCACCCACAAACAAACAGUGAGAACACCCUACCUAAAUAUGACUCUCAAUUAGAGGAAAAUGCAAAACACCUGCCUCUAAUUAAGAGCCAUACCAGGCAACCCAAAACCAACAUAGAAACAGAAAACAUAGACUGCCCACCCAAAACACACGCCCUGACCAUAAACACAUACAAAAACAACAGAAAACAGGUCAGGAACGUUACAGCCCUUACCAUGUCGAUCAACGCUUGAAUAGAAACCUAGUUCACACCCCCAAUUUUGAAGUCAACACAGUCGCUACAGUCCCAUUAGUUUUCUUUGUACCCUCGUUUGAAUGUCGCGGUUACGCACAUUUGUACGGAAUGGGGUGAGUUUACAUUACCGCUAGCUUGCUAGGCAGUAUCAGACCAGCAGAGCUCUUCACUUCACGCUCCAGACCGGACACUGGGGGCCUGUACCUAACUAGCUAGCUAGCUAGCUAAUCGUGAAUGCCAAAAGACGCAGCUAGCUAGACUCGGGAGCCCAUGGGUACACAGGCUACAGUAGCCAACUGGUCAGACAUGAUUACACCAUGGGCAACAGUGACUCACGACUAGUUUGUUUUCAGACAAAUAUGUUCAACUCAUAGUUAUUUUAUCCAGUGACCACUGCAUUUAGGAGGAUAGAUAAAUUACUGAAUUGUAGCAAGCUAGCUCACUGGCCAGGCAGUAGCCACUACUAGCCAACAAAUCAUGGCUAGUAGUGGCUAUCCUUUGAUACAUUUUGGUUAACAAGUAGUUGAUAUAGAAUUUUGUGAUCAAUUUACAUAAAUUUAAAUUAUCCUAAUCGGUCUGCAACCCAGAGUGUGUAAAGUUCUGGUUUAAAUGAAACAGACAGAAUUCCCAGCUCACAAUUAGUCAAACCCAGUUUUAUUCACGAGAGCUCUGCCGUUCACAUACAAAGACGUUCCUUUUAUAACAUACUUCUAACCUACGCACACACAUACACAGUAACAUUAGGAGAGCUAUCUUCUUCUCUACAAUUCUCACCACAGUUUCUCACUACCCAGCUGACAGUUCCAGUCCCCCCCAGAUAAGGGAAACUUGGAGGGGUGUUCCCUGUCCUAUCUUAUCUUCCCAGAGUUAUAGCCGGGUCGGUUCAACCAUAGUUUAAUUGUUUCUAGGUGUUUUCUUAAGCAUACACACAUUUCUCUCUCUCCCAGUCUAACCUAGUUGGACUUAUGUUUAAUAGUUUUAAUUACUCCUUAUCCAUGCUACAUAACCUCUAAUCCCUAAUGGUUAAGUUUACGGGUAGAAUUAUAUAAUCAUUUAUAUUUAACCUUAUAAACUCUUUUAUCAGUAGUGGACUACCAUAAUGUAUUUGGUGAUUGUGAAGAGACCUUUGGUGGCAUGUCUUGUGGGGUCUGUAUGCGUGUCCGAGCUGUGUGUUAGUAGUUUAUACAGACACCUCGGUCCAUUCAGCAUGACAACACUUACAAAAACAAGCUGUGAUGGAAGUCAAUCUCUCCUCCACUUUGAGCCAUGAGAUAUUUACAUGCAUAUUAUUAAUGCUAGUUCUCCGUGUAUAUUUAAGGGCCAGCCGUGACCACAUGACUGAACAGUAGUCCUACAAAACUAGGGCCUGUAGGACCUGCCUUGUUGAUAGUGUUGUUAAAAAGGCAGAGCAGAGCUUUAUUAUGGACAGACUUCUCCCCAUCUUAGCUACUGUUGUAUCAAUAUGUUUUGAACAUGACAGUUUACAAUCCAGGGUUACUCCAAUUAGUUUAGUCACCUCAACUUGCUCAAUUUCCACAUUAUUUAUUGCAAGAUUUAGUUGAGGUUUGGGGUUUGUUAAGUGAAUGAUUUGUCCCAAAUACAAUGCUUUUAGUUUUUUUUUUAAAUGUAGGACUAACUUAUUCCUUGCCACCCAUUCUGAAAUGAACUGCAGCUCUUCGUUAAGUGUUACAGUGAUUUCACUCGCUGUAGUAGCUGACGUGUAUAGUGUUGAGUCAUCCGCAUACAGUCAUGGCCAAAAGUUUUGAGAAUGACACAAAUAUUAAUUUUCACAAAGUCUACUGCCUCAGUGCCUUUAGAUAUUUUUGUCAGAUGUUACUAUGGAAUGCUGAAGUAUAAUUACAAGCAUUUCAUAAGUGUCAAAGGCUUUUAUUGACAAUUACAUGAAGUUGAUGCAAAGAGUCAAUAUUUGCAGUGUUGAUCCUUCUUUUUCAAGACCUCUGCAAUCCGCCCUGGCAUGCUGUCAAUUAACUUCUGGGCCACAUCCUGACUGAUGGCUGCCCAUUCUUGCAUAAUCAAUGCUUGGAGUUUGUCAGAAUUUGUGGGUUUUUGUUUGUUCACCCGUCUCCUGAGGAUUGACCACAAGUUCUCAAUGGGAUUAAGGUCUGGGGAGUUUCCUGGCCAUGGACCCAUAAUAUUGAUGUUUGUUCCCUGAGCCACUUAGUUAUCACUUUUGCCUUAUGGCAAGGUGCUCCAUCAUGCUGGAAAAGGCAUUGUUCGUCACCAAACUAUUCCUGGAUGGUUGGGAGAAGUUGCUCUCGGAGAAUGUGUUGGUACCAUUCUUUAUUCAUGGCUGUGUUCUUAGGCAAAAUUGUGAGUGAGUCCACUCCCUUGGCUGAGAAGUAACCCUACACAUGAAUGGUGAUGCUUUACUGUUGGCAUGACACAGGACUGAUGGAAGCGCUCACCUUGUCUUCUCUGGACAAACUUUUUUCCGGAUACUUCAAACAAUUGGAAAGGGGAUUCAGAGAUCAGAGAAAAUUACUUUACCCCAGUCCUCAGCAGUCCAAUCCCUGUACCUUUUGCAGAAUAUCAGUCUGUCCCUGAUGUUUUUCCUGGAGAGAAGUGGCUUCUUUGCUGCCCUUCUUGACACCAGGCCAUCCUCCAAAAGUCUUCGCCUCACUGUGCGUGCAGAUGCACUCACACCUGCCUGCUGCCAUUCCUGAGCAAGCUCUGUACUAGUGGUGAACCGAUCCCGCAUCUGAAUCAACUUUAGGAGAUGGUCCUGGCGCUUGCUGGACUUUCUUGGGGCCCUGAAGCCUUUUUCACCACAAUUGAACUGCUCUCCUUGAAGUUCUUGAUGAUCCGAUAAAUGGUUGAUUUAGGUGCAAUCUUACUGGCAGCAAUAUCCCUGCCUGUGAAGCCCUUUUUGCACAAAGCAAUGAUGACUGCACGUGUUUCCUUGCAGGUAACCAUGGUUGACAGAGGAAGAACAAUGAUUCCAAGCACCACUCUCCUUUUGAAGCUUCCAGUCUGUUAUUUGAACUCAAUCAGCAUGACAGAGUGAUCUCCAGCCUUGUCCUUGUCAACACUCACACCUGUGUUAACGAGAGAAUCACUGACAUGAUGUCAGCUGGUCCUUUUGUGGCAGGGCUGAAAUGAAGUGGAAAUGUUUUUUGGGGAUUCAGUUCAUUUGCCUGUCAAAGAGGGACUUUGCAAUUAAUUGCAGUUCAUCUGAUCACUCUUCAUAACAUUCUGGAGUAUAUGCAAAUUGCCAUCAUACAAACUGAGGCAGCAGACUUUGUGAAAAUGAAUAUUCGUGUCAUUCUCAAAACUUUUGGCCACGACUGUACAUAGACUCAAAGCCAGUGGCAUGUCAUUAGUAAAGAUUGAAAAAGGUAAGGGGCCUAGACAGCUGCCCUGGGGAAUUCCUGAUUCCACCUGGAUUAUGUUGGCGAGGCUUCCAUUAAAGAACACCUUCUGUGUUGUGUUUGACAGGUAACUCUUUAUUCACAAUAUAGCAGGGUGUGUAAACCCUUAACACAUACACUACCGUUCAAAAGUUUGGGGUCACUUAGAAAUGCCCUUGUUUUUGAAAGAAAAGCACAUUUUUGUCCAUUAAAAUGACAUCAUAUACAGUGUAGACAUUGUUAAUGUUGUAGCCUAGUGGUUAGAGCGUUGGACUAGUAACCGGAAGGUUGCAAAAUCGAAUAUCCGAGCUGACAAGGUAAAAAUCUCUUGUUCUGCCCCUGAACAAGGCAGUUAACCUACUGUUCCUAGGCCGUCAUUGAAAAUAAGAAUUUGUUCUUAACUGACUUGCCUAGUUAAAUAAAGGUAAAAAUAAAUAAAAAAAUGUUGUGAAUGACUAUUGUAGCUGGAAACAGCUGAUUUUUAAUGGAAUAUUUACAUAGGCGUACAGAGACCCAUUAUCAGCAACCAUCACUCCUGUGUUCCAAUGGCAGGUUGUGUUAGAUAAUCCAAGUUGAUCAUUUUAAAAGAUCAUUAGAAAAUCAUUUUGCAAUCAUGUUAACACAGCUGAAAACUGUUGUUCUGAUUAAAGAACCAAUAAAACUGUCCCUUCACAGAAUAGCGCAAACUAGUUGAAUAGAAAGAGGAAUGGGAGGCCCCGGUGCUCAACUGAGCAAGAGGACAAGUACAUUGGAGUGUCCAGUUUGAGAAACAGACACCUCACAAGUCAUCAACUGGCAACUUCAUUAAUUAAGUAGUACCCGCAAAAAAAGUCUCAACGUCAACAGUGAAGUGGCGACUCCGGGAUGCUGGCCUUCUAGGCAGAGUUGCAAAGAAAAAGCCAUAUCUCAGACUGGCCAAUAAAAAUAAAAGAUUAAGAUGGGCAAAAGAACACAGACACUGGACAGAGGAACUCUGCUUGGCUCCAAGUAGCUAGGGACUUUAAUGCAGGGAAACUUAAAUCCGUUUUACCAGAUUUCUAUCAGCAUGUUAAAUGUGCAACCAGAGGGAAAACAACUCUGGACCACCUUUAGUCCACAGAGACACAUUCAAAGCUCUUCCUCGCCCUCCAUUUGGCAAAUCUGAAUCAUAAUUCUACCCUCCUGAUUCCUGCUUACAAGCAAAAACUAAAGCAGGAAGCACCAGUGACUAGAUCAAUAAGAAAGUGGUCAGAUGAAGCAGAUGCUAAGCUACUAGACUGUUUUGCUACCACAGACUGGAAUAUGAUCCGGGAUUCCUCCAAUGGCAUUGAGGAGUACAUCACAUCAGUCAUUGGCUUCAUCAAUAAGUACAUUAAUGACGUCUUCCCCACAGUGACCGUACGUACAUACCCCAACCAGAAGCCUUAGGUUACAGGCAAUAUCCGCAAUAAGCUAAAGGCUAGAGUUGCCGCUUUCAAUGAGCGGGACUCUAAUUUCUUAUAAGAAAUCCUGCUAUGCCCUCCGACAAACCAUCAAACAGGCAAAGCAUCAGUACAGGACUAAGAUCGAAUUGUAUUACACCAGCUCUGACGCUCGUCGGAUGUGGCAGGGCUUGCAUACCAUUACAGACUACAAAGGGAAGCACAGCCGAGAGAGCUGCCCAGUGACGAGAUAAACUACUUCUAUGCUAGCUUCGAGGUAAAUAACACGGAAACAUGCAUGAGAGCACCAGCUGUUCCGGAAGACUGGCUUUGGAGAGCGUGAUCCCACAAUGUGAGAUAAAGACAUUUAUACAGGUCAACAAGGCCACAGGGCAGAUUACCAGGACGUGUACUGCGAGCAUGCGCUGACCAACUGGCAAGUGGGUUCACUGACAUUUUCAACCUCUCCCUGUCCGAGUUUGUAACACCAACAUGUUUUCAGCAGACCACCAUAGUGCCUGUGCCCGAGAACACUAAGGAAGUGUUAAUGUGGUAGUGCUAAGGUAAUCCAGGGAGACAGGUGUUUUCUCCAUCUCCUUAGCUAUUCAUCCUCUAAUUCCCCUGAUUUCAUAACUCGGUCCUCCAGAAAGUGGAGAGCAACACUUAUGCAGUUCUAUUAAGCAAUAUUUUUUUAAUAAGCUGCGUUAGACAGGAUUACCUACACAUCCUGAGCAGCUCAAAUAGACAGAAGCGUGCUAUAUGACAGACCAAUCUGAACCAAUCAAAUUUUAUUUGUCACAUGCGCCAAAUACAACAGCAUUUCACCUUACAGGGAAAUGCUUACUUACAAGCCCUUAACCAUCAGUGCAGUUUUAAGAAAAGACCCCCAAAAAGUAAGAGAGAAGAAUUACAAAUAAUUAAGGAGCAGCAGUAAAUAACACUACCGGGGCUAUAUACAGGGUUACUGGUACAGUGUCAAUGUGCUGGGUCACCGGUGUCGAGGUAAUUGAGGUAAUAUGUACAUGUAGGUAGAGUUAUUAAAGUGACUAUGCAUGGAUAAUAACAGAGUAGCAGCAGUGUAGAAAGGGUGGAGAGGGGGGGCAUAUUUUUAGCAAACAUUUUUAUCAUUAAUUUAAACUCUAUAGAAACUAUGAGAAUAGAAAGGUUCAAAACUUUUGUGAAAAAUAUGAGACAAAAAUAGAUGGUGUUAAGAGAUAGAUGGGAGGGGUUGAGAGGAGCUGAAGAGAUUAAAAACUACAAGAUAACUAAUGAGCUGCCUCUGUGAAGUGGAAACGUCUACUGUAGAAGCAACAACGGCUCAGCCUCGACGUGGUAGGCCACACAAGCUCACAGAACGAAGUGGUAGGCCACACAAGCUCACAGAACGAAGUGGUAGGCCACACAAGCUCACAGAACGACGUGGUAGGCCACACAAGCUCACAGAACGAAGUGGUAGGCAACACAAGCUCACAGAACGAAGUGGUAGGCCACACAAGCUCACAGAACGAAGUGGUAGGCCACACAAGCUCACAGAACGAAGUGGUAGGCCACACAAGCUCACAGAACGAAGUGGUAGGCCACACAAGCUCACAGAACGAAGUGGUAGGCCACACAAGCUCACAGAAUGAAGUGGUAGGCCACACAAGCUCACAGAACGAAGUGGUAGGCCACACAAGCUCACAGAACGAGACUGCCGAGUGCUGAAGCGUGAAACAAAUAAAUAUCGUCUCUCCUCGGUUGCAACACUCAGUUUUAAACUGCCUCUGGAAGCAACGUCACCAAAAAAACCUGUUCGUCAGGACCUUCAUGAAAUGGUUUUUCAUGGCCGAGCAGCCGCACACAAGCUUGAGAUCACCAUGCACAAUCUCAAGCGUCGGCCGGAGUGUUGUGAAGCUCGCCGCCAUUGGACUUUGGAGCAGUGGAAACGCAUUCUCUGGAGUGAUGAAUCACGUUUCACCAUCUGGCAGUCCUACGGACUAAUCUGGGUUUGGCAGAUGCCAGACGAAAGCUGCCUGUCCGAAUGCAUAGUGCCAACUGUAAAGUUUGGUGGAGCAGGAAUAAUGGUCUGGGAAAGUUUAUGGUUCGGGCUAGGCCCCUUAGUUCCACUGAAGGGAAAUCUUAAUGCUACAGAAUACAAUUACAUUCUAGACGAUUCUGUGUUUCCAACUUUGUGGCAACAGUUUUGGGAAGGCCCUUUCCUGUUUCAGCAUGACAAUGCCCCUGUGCACAAACAAAAGUAUAUACAGAAAUGGUUUGUAGAAAUCGGUGUGGAAGAACUUGACUGGCCUCCGCAGAGACCUGACCUCAACCCCAUCAAACACCUUUGGGAUGAAUUAGAAGACGAUUUGUACAUGCUUCAGAACUCGGCGGUCCCAUCCUGUGAGCUUGCGUGAUCUACCACUUCGCGGCUGAGCCGUUGUUGCUCCAAGACGUUUCCACUUCACAAUAACAGCACUUACAGUUGACCGGGGCAGCUCUAGCAGGGCAGAAAUUUAACUGACUUGUUGGAAAGGUGGCAUGCUAUCAAGAUGCCACGUUUGACCUAGAUAGUUUGUGUGUAUGCAUUGAUAUGUAGGCUACGUGUGCCUUUUUAAAAAUGUAGUUCUGUCCUUGAGCUGCUCUUGUCUAUUGAUGUUCUGUAUUAUGUCAUUCUGUAUUAUGUUUCAAGUUUUGUGUGGAACCCCAGGAAGAGUAGCUGUUGCUCUUGCAACAGCUAAUGGGGAUCCUAAUAAAAUACCAAAUACCAAAACUCACUGAGCUCUUCAAUAUGGGCCAUUCUAAUGCCAAUGUUUGUCUAUAGAGAUUUCAUGGCUGUGUGCUCGAUUUUAUACACCUGUCAGCAAUGGGUGUGACUGAAAUAGUCGAAUCCACUAAUUUGAAUGGGUGUCAACAUACUUUUUGAAUGGGUGUCCACAUACUAUUUUAGCUAAUUUUGUAUCAUAUUUUUAUUCAUUUAGCUUUUAUUUUUUUGUACUAUUUUAUUCACUUAAUUACUUUUCGAUUGUUGUUCCAUUGUCGAGGUGAACCUGCAAGUCAGAAUUUCAUGGCACUGUUCUCCACCUAAAUCAUGUGUAUGUGAUUUAUAAACGGACUAGAACUUCAACUUCUGGGUCAUUGUCUGCUCUCUUAUAACCACACUGGGUCAUGAGAAAGGUCAACGGGGUAUUGUUGGGAAAGGUCAACGGGGUAUUGUUGGGAGUCAAAAUGAGGCCAAGAACGGUUUCGUUUACAUUCAACACCUCCAUGAAAUAUCAUAUCAGCCCAAGGGAACCUAAAGAACAUUGACAAAAGAAAUAGGACAUUUUCUCUGCGUGACACCCUCAACACAAUGUAAUCGUUUGAAUACACAGAGCAACAUUGACCUUAUUUCUGCCCUAUCCCAAGAAGGAGCCCUGGCUAUAAGAGGAACUGUAAUGAAGCAGGACAGUCAAGAUAUGAACACAGCAAGGAACGCAAAAAUGAAACUUCUCAGCUUUUUACUUUUUGCCAUGAUGAUCGCAAAGAAUAGUCAACUACAAUUCAUUGACUGUGGAACAAACUUAAGACGGCCACAAUACACUGACAUCUCGGUAACUUGUGGAACCAAAUCUAUUGGUCUGGCUAUCCUCAUCUGCCCAGCCAUAUACACUGGCUACAACGAGUCCCUGCUCAUCCUCAACCACGUCAUGAAUGGCCCAGCCUGCAAGGGAACCUUAGAUCAAAGUGUGAUUCCACCUGUCGUGAGGUUUGAAUUCCCCCUCAACACAACCAAUUCCUGUGGCAGCCUCUUCAGGACAACCAGUGCUGCAGGCACAGGAAUAUUCUCUGACUUCUCCGACCUCCAGACAGUCAACAUCAGCGGGUUGGUCCGAUCAUAUGAUCCCACCACAGGGCCAGUCACUUACAACACAGAGCUGAAGUAUUAUUACUCCUGCUCCUAUCCUCUAGAGUACCUGAUCAACAACACCCAGAUUGAUACGUCUGCAUCUUCCAUUGCAGUUAAGGACAACAAUGGUACUUUCAUCAGCACUUUGAGUCUUAAUCUUUUCAGUGAUGACGACUACAUUUCGCCCUUAAUCAUUCCGAAACAGGGUCUUGAGCUGAGGACCGAAAUCUACACUCGAGUCCAAGCCACCAACCUGACCUCUCAUUACCGUGUGUUCCUCGACCAAUGCUACGCCUCCGUUUCUCCACAACCCGACAGGGACAACUCCACUAUCUUCAACCUGUUUGUCCCUUGCAACGUUGAACCGUUGACCGUCAUCAAAGAGAACGGAGAGAGUCAACGUGCCUGUUUCUCCUUCCCGGCCUUCCGCUUCACGGAGCAACCAAAUGAGAUGAUGUCUACCUACUUCCUCCACUGCAUCACCCGUCUCUGUGAGGAGAGCACCUGCAGUACUCUUAAACAAUGUAACAACCGGAGGAGAAGGAGUGCUGUUCCCGAAAGUGUAGAUGGAGUGACAGGGUACACAACCGUUAGCUCUACUCCGAUCACCGUCAGAGCAGAAAGAGUUAUGGCUAUAAAAGAACGGGAGACGGCCAGCGACAACUCAGACACUUCUACAGGACUUGCGGUGGCGGUGGGCUUUCUGGCAUUCCUCUGCAUUGUUGUCAUUAUAAUGACAGCAGUCUUCUACCGGACACUGAACCAUUAAAGGGGUUGACUGCUCCACACCCGAAUGAGUUGAAAUAUUGGAUCAGCAGUACAGAAGGCAUUGUCCCUUUAAAUACAGGUCAGGUUGGUGGCAUUGACUUGAGUAUAAAUGGGGUCCUCAGCUCGAGACCGUGUGUGUCCACCUGCUGGUCUCACUACUCUGGAGGAGGACUGAUCUCAACGUAUUGUGCCUUUUUUUCACAUUUGUUUACAUUUGGGAGAUCUUGUUUUUCUAGUUAUUUCUCAGCUAUAGCUAAUUAAUGUUGUGUAUACUAAAGAAUUAGAACAAUGCAGCUUUUAGAGUGUUUAUGUAAAGACACUAUUACAGGCUUAGCUAGUGCUUUGUGCAGGUGCUCAUUUAAUGUCAUGACUAAUGUACUUAUGUCGCGUUCACGUCCUGUCGGAGUGAUCGGAGGAACGACUUUUCUACUUGGGAGGAACUACUUGGAGCGUUCACGUGCUCGGAGCUCAGAAGGAACGCAAGAACCGUUCUCCCCAUUGACAGCCGACAUCACGGUCAUGUUUGUGGUGAAGUCAGUGUUCAGCAUGUGGAAAAGAGAUCACGGCCAAGUUUCCUAGUCGUAACGACAAGUUGGAGGGGUGUUCACGUGCAUUUAUCCCAGUAGGAAGGCCGUAUUUACGAUUUCCCGACUAAAUGUGAACGUGGGCAUGAAGACAGCACUGCCCCAAAGGAAGAAUUAAUGUGGUUGGUUGACUCAAUUACGAAGGCGGGGCUUACAUUAUAUUUCAAACCUGCUGCAUGCUCUAAAAGGAUCACUUGACCAAUCUGCUGUUACGGUGAGUGAGCAAUUUGUGGGUGAUUAAUUGUAUGAUUCUGUUUUUGUAGAUAACUAGCUAUAUUUAUCAUUGGAAAGUUGUUCUAAUCUCACAAACAUAGUGAACAUAUUCAUGAAAAAAUAUAUAUCUUCUUCAUUAAACAACCUGCUAGAAAGCUAGCUGGUGCUGGUAAGAUGGCUGGAUAACUAAUUGUAACGUGGCGAGAAUCACUAGACUGCCUCCUACAAACGGGAAGGCACGUGCUUCGACUAACCUCAGCGCCCCUCACACAUUGGGGCCAUGUGUUCCGACUGCCUCACAGCCACCAUCCCACUUCUGACACCAAUGUAGCGAACGGAGGGAGCUGGAAGCGAACCUGGGUCUCCAGAGUGAAAGGCAAACCACCUACGCAUCCCGCCAAUAAGGAUAGCAAAGAUUGCUACAGUAUGUUUUGUUGAUUUAGAUUAUCUAACCCCCUAGAGUCUAUUGAUGCACCGGUGCGUCCAUAUAAGUAACAUAAUAAAUACAUCUGCCACAAAAUCUGUCAGUUUAAACUGGAGAUAUCUGCUUUUUUGCAUGGACUUCGUCUCAAUCCACCGCAUCCACCUACGUCGCCCUUCCGCAUCUGCAGUGGAAAGUGGCAGAGCUAUAGCACUGUUUGUCAGACCAGGUGACAUCUCGAAGACCGGCCUUCUCAUAUCCGCCUACAGAGGGGAGACUCUCACAAACACAACGGAGUUCUCCGUUUUGCUCUACGACCCCCACAAGUGUCACGGGACUCGUCUGAAGUCAGUAACGUUGAUGUACCAUCUUUUGUCUGUAGCAUCUGGGCUACAAACUAAUAUGACCCCCGCCCCCUCUCACAAACAUGAUGGUGUUCUCCGUUUUGCCCUAUGACCCCCACAAGUGUCUUGAGACUGGUCUAAAGGUAACGCAUAUAAAUGAAUGGAAGUAUGGAGGUAGUUUUGUGUCCAAAAAAUUAUAAUAACAAACAGAUACAUUACCAGUCAAGAGAUACAUACCAGUCAAAAGAUACAUUACCAGUCAAAAGAUACUUUACCAGUCAACAGAUACAUUACCAGUCAAAAGAUACUUUACCAGUCAACAGAUACAUUACCAGUCAAAAGAUACUUUACCAGUCAACAGAUACAUAACCAGUCAACAGAUACAUUACCAGUCAACAGAUACAUUACCAGUCAACAGAUACAUUACCAGUCAAAAGAUACUUUACCAGUCAACAGAUACAUAACCAGUCAACAGAUACAUUACCAGUCAACAGAUACAUUACCAGUCAACAGAUACAUUACCAGUCAAAAGAUACUUUACCAGUCAACAGAUACAUUACCAGUCAACAGAUACAUUACCAGUCAACAGAUACAUUACCAGUCAAAAGAUACUUUACCAGUCAACAGAUACAUUACCAGUCAACAGAUACAUUACCAGUCAACAGAUACAUUACCAGUCAACAGAUACAUAACCAGUCAACAGAUACAUUACCAGUCAACAGAUACAUUACCAGUCAAAAGAUACAUUACCAGUCAAAAGAUACAGUACCAGUCAAAGUUUGGACACACCUACUCAUUCAAGGGUUUUUCUUAAUUUUUACUAUUUUAUAUUUUUGAAUGAGUAGGUGUGUCCAAACUUUUGACUGGUACUGUGUAGAUAUAUAUAUAGGCUAUAGUAGUAUAUAUAUAUAUGGGCUAUAGUAGUAUAUAUAUAUAUGGGCUAUAGUAGUAUGGGCUAUAGUAGUAAAGGCCAAAUUAAAUAUUUGAUCAAAUUAUUUAUUAGUAUUUUAUUUUUGAUCCAUAAAUGGGUGCUAAAAUUCCAAAUCAAAUAUCUAAAUGAUCCAUGGUAUGAACAAUUCCAUAAGUCAGCAGACUUCCUUGUUGGUUGUAAGUCGAAUUCAGGCACAACAGCGACCUCUCACAGAAGUCCUCCACCUGUAAAUCUGAGACCAUGGUUGUGCUUCCGUUGUGGGUGUGGUAGCAAAGCAGCCUUUAUUUGCAUGCAAUUAACAUAUUAAUAUGCAUAACCAUUUCUCCUGACAGGGGAAGAACUGCUCUGGUACGCUGCAUGUAACUAGUAACUAACGUCACUAGUUACCACAGCCACAAUCAAAAACCCUGCUUAUUUCUACAAUUUCUCUUCUUAACCUAGAGUCGAUGUCCACACCCCCCGCGUAAAUCUAAUUAGCAUACAUUUUGCAUUGGCUACGUCUCAAUCCACCACAUCUGCCAAUGGCGGCCUUCCGCAUCUGCGGUGGAAGGUGGCCGAGCUACAGCGGUGUUUGUCAGACUAGGAGACAUCCUGAAAAUCAGUAAUCUCACGAAAACGUCUGUAGCUUUUGAACGGUUUGGGGAUGCGUCACGGGACACGUCGGAAGUCCGUACCGCUGAUCUGCCAACUUCUGUUUGUAUUGUCCGAACAGUUUGGGCUACACAUUAAUAUGAUCUCUCUAUGGAAAGGUGAAAUAUGGGUGAAAAUGUUUCAUCCAAUUUUUUUAUUAAAAUCAGAACUAGACCUAAAGGGGUCCUAAAAUUCUAAAUCAAAUAACUAAAUGAUCCUUGGUGUGAACUUCUUAAAACAAUUCCAUAUGUCAACCAGUCAUUAAGGUGUUUUUGUUAGACCUAUGCGAACAUGGCCAAAGAAGUGACUGAAACAGGAAUCAAUUUUGCAGCGAUGAUAAAGCUACAGGGCAUACAAAUGAAGGUGAUAUUUGAGACCUCUCUCUAACCAAUAAAUUGUACAUAUGCUUUCAGUUCGCGAGUGUAUAGCAUGGACAGCUAUAGCAUUUUGGGCCCUAAGCGAGAUUUGGUACCCCCCCCUUCACGUGCAAUGAUUUUUUUUUGCCUUCCUCUUGACAGAAGUAGCCUCUACGUUUUUUUAAAGUAACUUUUUGGUAAUUCUACUCAUUUUCCCAUGGGGCGGAGAGAAAAUGUUGUGAAUUUAUCACAAAUUUCCUGCAAUUAUGUCAUUGUCAUUAUGGGGUAUUGUGUGUAGAUUGAUGAGAGAAAAAAAAACAAUUUAAUCAAUUUUAGAAUAAGGCUGUAAUGUAACAAAAUGUGGAAAAAGUAAAGGGGUCUGAAUAAUUACCAAAUGCACUGUAUAAUGACGAGAUGCUCAUGUCUCCGCCUUAACAAUGGGAGUCGUUGUCCCAAAGCCUGGAAGGCAGGCGACAAGUUUAGGUUAAAUAUAAUCCCAUUGAAUGCAAGGGAAGCCAGUGAGCAUUUGGUCUCCCUUGAUAAAAAAAGUAUAAAAUAAUUGCAAAUCAGCGUUGAUUUAAACUGAGUGAGCUCAACUGUGAAUGGUCCUCGUGCACCCAAAAAAAGUGUCAAGGGAAGCCAGUUUGGAUUUGGCUUCACACUAAUCACAUCAAAAGCAAAAUGUCAUUGUCACAAAAAACUUGCAUUUUUGUAUCUCGUUGUGUCGUUGUCCUCCGGUGGCUAUCCAGCUAGCUAAAAUUGACCCUUCCCUAAAUUUGCCAUGUAUGGAGAUAGGGAUUUGGACUUGUGAUUUUACUUAAUUCUCCGUACUGGCCAAUGAUUAAAACGGAAAUUCUGAUCCAACCAUAAAUUCAUAAAUUGUGAGGAUGGAAGUUCAAUAUGUAGUUAGAUCUAGUACGCUAAUCUUAACUAGUUGGCUCAUCGUUGCCCAUGAAAGGAAGCUAGGCUAGCGAGCAAGCGUUUUAGCCAGGUAGCCAAGAACAACAAAACUAAAAGUGUGUACUGUAUGACAGAGUCAUAGACCGUUUCGUCAACAUGAACGAGAGGAGGAUGACAUUGUCUACAAGUAGGGUGAGUCAUGUUUUUUCUACUUACACACACACACACACACACACACACACACACACACACACACACACACACACACACACACACACACACACACACACACACAGAGAAAUCAGAAUCAUGGACAGCCACAUCAUAUCUAGCUUAUAUUGGACUAAAUUGUUGUUGGUAUCUUUAGUUGUCACUGUAUUAGAAUAAGCAUAGGUGAUUUGAAGACGUUGAAGUGUUUUAAUUGAAAUGGUGCUGGAAUAGUGGAGGCGCCUCCUGUUUUCUUUGCCUCUUGCGGGUAACGCUCUGUGGUUCUAAAUCAAUAGUUGUUUUGUAGUCCGAAAAUGUCGGAAACAUGAACUUGCCAGACAAUGCAGUAGGUCAUGUAAAUCAAAUCAAAUCAAAUUGUAUUGGUCACAUACACAUCGUUAGCAGAUUAUAUUGCGAGUGUAGCAAAAUGCUUUUACUUCUACUUCCGACAGUGCAGCAAUAUCUAACAAGUAUUAUCUAACAAUUCCACAACAGAUACCUAAUACACACAAAUCUAAGUAAAAGAAUGGAAUUAAGAAUAUAUAAAUAUAUAGAUGAGCAAUGACAGAGCGGCAUAGAAUAAGAUACAGUAGAAUAGUAUAGAAUACAGUAUAUACAUAUGAGAUGAGUAAUGCAUUGACUAAGAUACAGUAGAUAAUAUAGAAUACAGUAUAUACAUAUGAGAUGAGUAAUGCAUAGACUAAGAUACAGUAGAUAAUAUAGAAUACAGUAUAUACAUAUGAGAUGAGUAAUGCAUAGACUAAGAUACAGUAGAUAAUAUAUAAUACAGUAUAUACAUAUGAGAUGAGUAAUGCAAGAUGUAAACAUUAUUAAACUGGCAUUAUUAAAGUGACUUGUGUUCCAUUUAUUAAAGUGGCCAAUGAUUUCAAGUCUAUAUGUAGGCAGGUAACAUCACAAAAUUGUUUGUUACAUGGAAUAUGCUUUGUGGACUUCAACCAGACAGAUGUUGCUCUCUGGUUUUGUGAUGAAACAAAGGUGUGGUUGAAUUUAUUCUGCCACUGUGUCUAUUAGGCCUAUAUAUCACGUUGGCAAGGUAUAUGAACUAACAGGUUAUAGAGCAAACAACGCAAUUAUCACAACACCUAGGUUGUACAGCUUAUUUUUUUCUGCCUUGUCUUCCCCAAUGAUGUUACCUACGCACCGCUACUGUAGAAACGCAUUGGGUUUAUUUUGGACAGAUUUUGGCGAGAGUGAAACCUCUCGCUUCGCCUCUUAUUCUCUGACUGGGCCUCCUCCCCUCAACAUAUUUGGCAAUGAAAAACAUCUGUCUCUUUGUUCUAUCAUCUGUGGCACCAUCAAAUAGGCGGCGCCUACUUCCCAAAUGGGCAGAGUCAAACGAUCUACACUUGUCAUUUG